ACUGCAUUCAGUGGGGAAAUUGUACAGCAUCUUGAAGAUACUAUUGCAGCUAUUAAGAAAUCGGAAGAAAUUCGAAGGCAUACCCUUGAAUGUCUGGAAGAGGAGACUAUAAAGACCAGCAAUCUUCGCUUUAGAAUGCAGAAUUUUCCAGGAGAGAUUGUUGCAGAGAUGACAGCUCUCGUUACUGCUGCACGUGAAUCUAGUGCUGCAAAGAUAACUCAGCUACAGGCUGCACCGAAAAGCGUUGCUGACGAAACUGAAUUACUAAAUGAGAAGCAAACCCUUUGUGAAAGACAGAAUGCUGCACUGUGUGAGGAACAAGAAUACUUGCGGACACAGUAUAAAGAGAAAGUAGACUUGCUGAAUGAAAGGAUGGCAACAAAAGUUAAUACAAAUGGUCUCUUAAUUGAGAUUUCUGAUAAAACAAGAGAUACAGAAAGAGACAUAAUCAGGGCGAAGGCAGCAUUAGCAGAAUUGAAAGGAAAAAUAGCUGAAAAAUGAGUAAACUUGAGAAAAAAAAUGAGUAAACUUGAGAAACAGAAAGAAGAAUGUGAUAAAAAGAAGAGAGAAAUGAAAAAAAUCCUUGAUAGUCAGGAGGCAAAAACUUCCAAGAAAAAGCAUGAAUUUGAAAACUUGAAUACCAAAUAUUUGGACCUACAGAAUUUGAUAAGUCAGAAUUCAACAACUAUAUUUAAUGAAGAAAUUCUCAUAACAAAGCUGAAAGAAAAAAACAAGCAACUGGAAAAAACCCUGGAAUUUAAAAAGACAGACAUGCUGGCACUCUCUGAAAAGAAAAUUCAGCUUGAUUCCACGUUAUUGCUUUUACAAUCAAAAAUUGCAGAAGAAAAGGAAGUUUUCAGUAAGGAACUUGAAAAGAUUACGGAAGAGCUAAGCAAUGCUAAAUGCCUGAAUAAACACCUUAAAUUAGAAAAUAAAUCUGUGUGCCAGAAGUAUGAACAAAUAUUGGAAGAAGAACAACACUGUACUAACAAAAGGUAUGAAAUGGUGGCAAAAUCGGGGAAAUUCUCUGUUUUGUUGGAUGAAAAGCUUGAAUUUCUGGCAAAUCAUAUGGUGGAAAAGAAAAACUUAGAGAAGGAAACUGAAAAUCUUGAAGACAGCCUACAGUAUAUUAAGGAGAGCCACGCAGAAGAGCUGGCAUCUCUAAAGCAAGAUUUGAAGGCAGAAAAUAAGAUGAG